AUGAUAAGCGCUUAUCGAUUUAAUUAUGAACAUUUGCCAAAAGAGGUAAAGCUAAAUACUUUUGAUGCUGAGAGAGGCCUAAUUUAUAAUGAGAUCAUUCGCUUGUUAAAGGAUUUUGAAAUGAGGUAAUUUGAAGUCUUAAUGUUAGUUCUUCUAAGCAUUGGUUUCCAAUAAUGAAUUUGCUUUAAAGAUUCAAAUAAAUUUACUCCUUUUUGAAUGAAGAAAGACAGGAGCUUGCAGAGUUGAUUCUUUCAAAGUUGGGAGGAUUGAAAUCUUCUGUAGGACUUCAAAAUGGAUUUAGUCUUGUUUGUACCAUUAUUUAAAAUAAGCAAAAAUAUCUGUCUUUAAAAGUUGAUUGGAGAUAUUGGCAUUAAUAUUUAUAAGAUAAGUUUAUGACAAAUAAAGAUAAGACAAUCACAAGUUAAACAUUCAGUACUCAAUUAUUUAUGUAAUUUUGUUAAUUCCUUAAAACAGUAAAAUAUUACUUUGAUGCUGAUGUUGUUUAAUUUGCAUUCUUAAAAUUUCGUGAAUAUUUAGGUUAUUAAGACAAAUAAGUAGCAUGGGCUUAUUUGAUGUUAUUUGUACCAUUUAGAAAUGAUAUUCCAUAAGAUGCCUAUAAAGAUCUUAUAAAAUAUUUAAUGGAUCCCUUAUUAAUUUUUGGAGAAAAAGAUAAUUGUAGAUUAAAAUUUAUAUUGAAUUAUUUAAGAGUCUAUCCAUAAUAAAUGAAUCUGAUGCCAUAAAUGAUGAGAUUUUUUCAUGGUUAUUGGCGUAAUGAUUUAGGUUAAGAUGAUAAAAGUAAAAAUAUUAUUAAAAUUAAGAUGAAAAAUUAGUUGCUAUGUUAUUACCAGAUGAUACUUUAGGAGUACCUAGUUUAUUCAAAAUAAUGCCAUAAUUAUUAGUUGAAUUGAUAGGUAAUUCAAAAAGAGAAGGAUAUUAAGAAUAUAUGUUAACAAUGAAAAGAUUAUUUUCUUUAGUAGAUUCAAUUACUUCAGUAUAUUCUUAAUAAACAAUGGAUGAUUAAAUAUUCAAAUUACUUAAAUUAAUGGUUGGCAAUUUCAUUUAAAAAUAUAGAAGAGAUUAAUUAUUAUUAAGAAUUUAUGAAAUGUAAUAAAAUAAAAAAUAUGAUGAGAAUGUUUCUGAAUCUUUAAUGUAAGAAUUAAUUGAUUAAUUUAAUGAUGUUCAUAUUCAAGAUUUUAUUGAAAGUGAUAAAUAUAUACUUGAAUUAUUAUUAAUUAAUCCAGAUUAAGGAUACUCUAGUUUUUAGAUCAAUUAUCCAAAUUAAAGAAAUUCUACUAAAAUACAUGCUACUAAAAUUAAUAUUGAUAAAUUAUUACCAUUUUUAUUGGAUGAAUAAGCUAAAUAAGAUUUUAUUGAAAUUGUUAUGGAUGUAUUAGACAAAGUCAUAUAUAUGGAAGAUUAAGGAUAUUCAACUGCAAAAACUGUUUUAUAUUUAUCAUGUUUUGAACCUAAAUUAAUAGAUUUCUUUCUUAAUAAAAUGAAAUAAGCUAUAAAUGAUGUUACAGCUCUCUAAUUUAUUACAAUUAAGAGUAUAUUGAUAUUUAUGGCUAUUCCAAUUUUAUAAGGAAAAUGGUAUUUAUAAUAGAAACUAUAAUUUUUAGUCCUUAUUCUAUACAUCAUCUAUAAGAAUUCAUGGAUUUGACAUACAAAUUAUUUGAAGUCCAAGGAGUUAGUGAGAAUAUAGAUUCAUUAGAAUUUUAUUGUAAAAUAUUCAUGAAUGUUCCAAUUUAUACUCCAGAAGAAUAUAUGGAAUUAUAUGGAGAACAUAAUGAAUUAUGUAGAUAUUUAAGUGAUUUCGUAUCAGAAGUAUUUAAUUUAAUUAUCAAAAACUUUAAUUUAAUUAAAUACAAAGAUGUAGAUUAUGGAUUUGUAUUGCCAAAUUUAAUUAAUAUCUUUUGGCCAUAUAUAGCAAAUUCAUCACAAAGGAUGUUAGAUAGUAUUGUUGAUAGAAUUAAAGAACAUCUAGAAAAUUUAGAAAUGUAAGAUUUGAGUGCAAUGGGAGAUUUGAUAGAUUGUAUAUUAUAUAGAGAUCCUACAAUAUUGGAAUAUAUUAUUGAUAUUUGUAUGGAGAAAUUAUUAAAAUAGAGACAAUCUCCACUUAAAAAACAUUAUUUGAGUUUUAUUGUACAAUUAUCAAAGUACUCAGAUUAUAUAUUAUAAUAUGAACCAACUGCAGGUAAUAAAUAAUCAAAACUCUUAUGGUUAACACUUCUCGAGAAAUCACUUACAUAUGCUGGUAAAGCUACAUAAAAACAUGAUAUGAAGAUAUAAGCAAUAGUAAUUAAUUAUUUAAUGGAUGAAGAAGAUGAAGUUUUUACUAAAGUUAGUGAUAUAAUACAUUCUGUUAUAAUAACAAAUUAAAUCAUUAAAUCUAAUAAUUUAUCUUGGUAAAAUUAGAAUUCUUAAUUUUUUAAAAAAGAUUUUGAUAAAAAAACAUUAUAUUAACCAUAAGAUUUAGUUGUUGAAUGGAUUUUACCAACUAGAUAAGAUUGGGAAUAUAUUUUUGAUUGGAAUAGAAUGUUUAUGUUUGGAGUAAUAGAGGAAUUUGAAAAAACUUAUAUGAAAGAAUAUGAAUUUUAUGAAAUGCCAAGAGAUUUCCCUAAACUUAUUGAUUUAAUGAUUUUUAGAAAUCCUCCUAUGGAUCCAAAUUUAAAAUAAAUUUGUUAUCGUGUAUGGUUUCUAGUUUUUGGAUGUUUUACUGGAUCAUCUCUAUUCACACCAUUUUAACCAUAAGAUAAAAUUGACGGAAGCAAAGGACAUAUAAAAUUAGAAAAGAUAUAAUAAGAUUAUUUAAAGAAAGUUUGUCCACCUGAAUAUUGGGAUUUAAGAUAGAGAUUAGGUACAUUUGCUAUAAAUUCUAUUUGUUAUGCUAUAAAUACAGGAGUAGCCCAUGAUAAAGAUAUUAAUGAUCUUUUGGUUACAAUAGCUUCUGAAUGUAUAAGUUCAUAGACUUUGAAUUAAGAAUUAUAAUUAGGUAGAGAAUUUAUGGAAGGAUGUAGAUAAUUGAUGUAAGCUUCUUAAUGUAAAUUAUAUUUUGAAAGUCGAAUUCAAUGUGUAAUUGAUAUUAACACAUAUCUUUAUUAGAGACAUGUGUUUAUGUUACAUUUACAAGGUAUACCAAUUGAAUACAAUCAAAUUUACAAUUAUAUAAUUGUUCUUUAUUUGUUAGGUCAUUCUGAAUUUAGUAGUCCUUAAUAUUUAUUACCAUAUUCAGAAAGAGCUACAUAUACUUUAACUACUGGAGUUAGAAAUAACUUUUUUGAGUAUUUGUUAGGGAUUUUGGAUUACAAUGAUAAAGAUAGUAGAUUAAGUAAAAUCAAUUAAUUAAGUGAAAGAAGUAAAGAAUAUAAAUAAUUAAUUGAUUUAUUACAAGGUUUUAAUUCAGCAGUUUAACAUAUUUCUUCUGAUAUUGAAAUGAGUAUGUCAAUACAAAAAUAAUUGAAUUAAUUUAUAAGUGUAAUGGAAUAUGUUGAUAAUUAAAAAUGUAAAUAUUUGAUAAUGGAAUCAUGUGUUCAUCAUUUAGCAAUAUAAUAUGAUGAAAGUACUGUUGUUUUAUCUAAUGAUUAUAAUGAUAGAUUGGAAAUGAUUAAUAAUAGUAUAAGAGCAUUAUAAAGUCAGUAUUUUUGGAAAUGUAAAAUUAUUCAUAGUUUAUCUUUAUUGAAUAAUAUAAAUAUCAUAAGAUUUGUGCCUGAAAAUUGUAUUAAUGCUUAUCGUGAUUUAUGUAUAAAUGAUCAUGUUACAUUAAAUUAAUUGGGAAGAGCAGGUUUAUUUUACUUUCUUAGAUUAGCUAAAUAAAUGAUUUAUAAAAAACAAUAAGUUAAUAGUUCAUAAUUUGAAUAACAUCUUCCAUUUAAUAAAUUUGUUCAAUAUAGAUAUUUAACAUAAGAAUAAUUAUCAAUUAUAGAUUAAUCAUAUUAAUCUAUUUUAGAAUUAGAUGACAUACUAAAAGCAUAAUAACCAAUAUAUAGAUCUAAAAUGCAUGAGAAAUAUAUGUUUACUAAAAAUGAUAUAACUAAAGUUACUAUUAUUAAUGACACUAUCACUCCAUUCAUAAAAGAUUUAAGAUAACUAUUUACAGAUAAAUAAUAUAUGCGAGAAUUUAUGGAAAAGAUAUUAAUAGAUAAAGAUGUAGCUCCAACAUCAGAAUUUGAUAUUACAGAUGCUCCAUCAUAAGAAGUUUAAUUUAUGUCUGCAUAAGGAAUCACAAGAUAUGUCUAAAUAUUUUUUACAUAUAUUUAUGGAAAAAAUAGAAAUAGAUAAUCUCCAUUUUCUGCAACAUAAUCCUUUUUUAUGUCUGAUUUCUAUUUUAGAUUAUUUAAGAAAAUGUUUUAAGUUUGUGGUAUUGCUGCAUUUUAUUCAACCAAAGAAAUAAUUGAUGAAUAUAUUGAAUAAUUUGAUUAAAGAGAAAAGUAAAGAUUAGUAAGUUGUUAUUUAACUGCUCUUCAUAGAUCAUUAUUAAAUGUUGGUUCAUAUAUUUAAGAUUCAUUUAUUAGAAUUCUUCCUAAUAUUACAUAAGAAAUAUUCUAUGAUUAUCAUUUAGCAUUCUUUUAUAUGUGUAGAGAUUAAGAUUGGUAAUGGAUAUCUCCAGUUUAUUAAAAAAUGUUAUAAUGUUGUUAGAAUCUUAUUCCUUAAGGAGGAUUCAAAGGUUUAAGAUAUAUUUAAUUAUUGAAAAUUCUCAUUUAAUCAUAAGGUCCUAGAAUUAUUACAUUAUAAGAUCAAAUUCUUUAAUAAUUUGCUACAAUAAUAGUCACAUAUCCAUCUAGUGUUUAUGUUGAAGAAUAUACUUGUACACUUGCAACAGCAUUAUUAUAAACUAUUUUAAUACCUAUUCCUAUUGAUGCUCCAUAUGCAGAUGAUCAUUUGAUUGCAACAACUGCUAACUUUUAAAUUUGGUAUAAUAGUGAUCUUUAAAAUUUUUUCUAAAAUUUUAAUGAAUUUCUCUCUAAUAAUACUUAAACAGAUAAAGUAAAGUUUUAUUAAGAAUUAUCAGCAAGAAUUUUAGAAUUUAUUGCAAUUAGUAAAUUUGAUAAUUAUUCAUGGAAAUUUAUUGUUGAAGCUAUGAAAAUCAUAUUCUAAAAUAAUUAAACUGAUAUAGAUGCUUAAGAAAUUCUAAGAAAAUAUAUUGAAUGUGAUUAUGAUGAAAUUACUCAAUUACUUGAUAUUGCAGAAUAAAUGACUAAAAAUGAUACUUGGAAUAUUAGAAAACGUGCCAAUUUCUUUUUAAGAGAUUGGUAUUUCAAAGCAAGAUUAGAAGGAAGUACAUUAGAUCAAAUACCAAAAUAAUUACUCAAUAUGUUUUAAGACAAUAAUCUUUAAUUGUAAUUCUAAGCUGUUUCUUCACUUGCUGAUUAUUUAAAAUUGUACACUAAAUAAGAAUUAGAAGAAUUAUUCAAAACAACAUAAGAAAAUAGAGUUUAUAUAUUAAUGAGUAUGUUACUUUCACGUCAAGAUAGAAAUUUUAAUUGGACAGAUUAAGCUUUAUCUGAAAUAUUUUAAGAAUUGAAAAACAAAAGGUAUUUAAUUAUUUUAUUUUUAGAAUAUUGUAAGAAUUUGUAUCUGAAUAUUGGAAGAGUAGACAAGAUUGGUAGAGAGUAUUUAAAGAUGAAAUAAGUGAAGAAAAUGUGAGAAAAUUAUAAGAAAUUGUAAAUCCACAUCCAUAUUAUGCAUGAUU